AUGUCCAGAAGAAGCAUACGUUUACCUGCAGAGGUCAGCAGAAUUCUUUAUGUAAGAAAUUUGCCAUAUAAAAUAUCAGCAGAUGAACUAUAUGACAUAUUUGGGAAAUAUGGAACAGUCAGGCAAAUAAGAAAAGGAAAUGCUGAAGGAACAAAAGGAACGUCUUUUGUUAUAUAUGAUGAUAUUUACGAUGCAAAAAAUGCUUUGGAUCAUUUGUCGGGUUUUAAUGUAGCAGGAAGAUAUUUGGUUGUUCUAUAUUAUGACCCAGUGAAGGCUCAAAAAAAGAAAGAACUACAGGAAAAACUAAAAAAUGAAAAAGAAUCCUCAUAA